ACGAAAAUCAAAGAAAGGAGAAGUUUUCAACUCCAAGAACUCCAUCGACACGGUCAAACAUGGAAGCCCUUCAGGACAUGCUAUGGGUGCAGCUGGUGUCUGGUAUGUGAUGGUGACAGCGCUGCUCUCCGUCGCAACAGAAAAACAAUGUCCUCCUUUACUAUACAAACUGCUGCAGAUGAUCCUGUGGACGCUGAUGAUCCUGGUGAUGCUGGGGGUCUGCAUGUCCAGAGUCUACAUGGCGGCUCACUUCCCUCACCAGGUCGUCGCUGGAGUCGUUACAGGCUUCUACCUGCUGCUCAAGGCUCUGGGCGUCGACCUGCUGUGGACCCUGGAGAAGGCCCAGAAGUGGUGCGUCCGGCCCGAGUGGGUCCACCUGGACUCGACGCCCUUCGCCAGCUUGCUGAGGAACAUGGGCAGCCUGCUGGGCCUCGGACUGGGCCUCCACUCGCCGCUCUACACCCACAAGAAGAACACAAGCAGCGCUUUCAGGAUGGGAUGUAUUUUGGUGUCUUUGUUCCUGCUGCAGCUGCUGGACGGACGGACAUUUUCCUCCGAGAACCAUGUGACUUUCUACGCUCUGUCCUUCGGCAAGAGUGCAGCUGCACUUUUAAUCCCGACCACUGUGGUGCCGUGGGCUCUCUGCAGGAUCGUCACGGACAAGAAAGAAGACAAGAACUUGUGA